AUGGUUGGACAAUUGAUGAGAAUACCGUAUACGGCGCCCCUGCCAGCACCGACAAUCAUCCCGUCAGCAGCAGCUUCCCUCUCUGGCGCAAUUGCCGCCUUGUCCGACUUCCUCACCUCGACGCCACAACGACGAAACAACAACAAGGACAAGACUGUUUUGCUUACUGGAGCUGGCAUCUCGGUCGCGUCAGGUCUUGCCGACUAUAGAGGUACCAAGGGAACCUAUACACUUAACAAGACAUACCGACCAAUCUACUUUCACGAAUUCGUGGCCAAUCAUGCUGCACGGAAACGAUACUGGGCUCGCAGUUUUCUGGGAUGGACCAACUUGAAUAAAUCAAAACCGAAUCCUGCACACAAGGCCGUGGCAGAUUUAGGUCGCAUGGGCUAUCUCUCCAGUGUCAUUACCCAGAGUAACUACUACCCAGCCUCCAGCUUGAACAUCAAGAAUGUCGACUCCUUUCACCCUCAAGCACACCCAUCUGUUCGUACCCUCGAACUCCACGGCUACCUCCGGAGCGCAGUCUGUACAACCUGCCGCACUGAAUACGACCGUCAACUCUUCCAAAAUGACCUCGCCCAACUAAACCCCGCAUGGUCCGACUUCCUAAACGAAAUGCUAGCCUCUGGUGCCCUGACGACUGAAAAUCCUGAAGAAAGAAGGCGAUUAGGUCUCAAGACAAAUCCAGAUGGUGAUGUAGAUGUGCCAGGAGUAGACUAUGCUACCUUCAGAUAUCCAGCGUGUCCGAGCUGUUUGGCAAAACCUCCGAAGGAUAAAGAUGGCAAACAACACAUUAUCGAGGUUGAUGUGGAUGGUGCUUGGCUGGCUGGAAAGUCUACGGCAGGUAUCUUGAAGCCUAAUGUCAUCAUGUUUGGAGAGAGUAUUCCGGACUCUACAAAGACGGCUGCCGAGUUUGCCAUUGAUGAGGCUUCUCGGAUCUUGGUGCUAGGGUCUUCGUUAGCGACAUACUCUGCUUGGAGAUUGGUCAAAAGAGCUAGGGAACAGGGCAUGCCCAUUGGCAUUGUCAACAUUGGUGGUGUGAGGGGCGAGGAUCAGUUCUUUGGUCAUUUGACAGAGAGAAGUGCAGGAAGAGAUGGUUUGAGGUGCUCACAUAUUCUCGAGGAGAUGUUGCCGGCCCUGGUGAAAGAGCUAGGACAAAAGGAAGCCUCAUCGUUCGCUGCUACUGGAGCCUCGCGGCCAUUCGUGCCGGCGCCUUGGGCAUGA